ACCGCAUUGAUAUACGUAAUCUUAAUUAUUCCAUUCAGCUACCUGCUCGGCGUCAUGGACGCAACCGGACAAAAGAAUCGGUCGACGGAGAGAUAAGAAAUGGUGAUAUGACCGCCGAAAAUUUCAAACAAUCCACUCCCCCAAUCCAUAGAUAGAAACAUCUGAUAGCCGGCGGAUGGCCGGAGAUCCCAAAGAACCCCUUGAUAGGCCAACUCCGGCGGCCAUAACGGCAGAGGUAGAUCGUCCCCUCCACGCCCUAGGUUUCGAGUACAGCCACGUUUCACCGGAAAAGAUCACUGGCCACCUCACCGUCAGCGAAUCCUGGUGCCAGCCGUUCAAGCGAAUGCACGGAGGUGUGGCGGCUUUUGUGGCGGAAGGUGUGGCGAGCGCCGGCGCUUAUAUGGCCUCCGGCUUCCAGCGCGUCGCCGGCAUCCAGCUAUCCAUCAAUUUUAUCAAGCCUGCUUUCCUUGGUGAUAAGGUUGAGGUUGAGGCCAACCGUAUCCUGCUCAGCAAAACUAUCCAGGUGUGGGAGGUUCAACAAUGGAGGACCAAUCCUACAUCAGGAGGAAAGGUGUUGCUGUCCUUAUCAAAUGUUACCUUACUAUGUAAUUUACCAUCACCCAUGGUGAUGAAAAGCUUUGAAGAUGCUAUGAAGAAGUAUUCUAAGCUUUGAGACUCUUACAGUUUGAUUGAAAUGUUUUGAAUAUGAGAAAUAUGAGUUGUUUGAACUAUUUUUUUCAGUUAUAAUGUACCAUCCUUUCGCAUUA